GUUACAAACAUGGACGCAUCUGCGUCCGACGUUUCGGGACGGAUGUCAAAAAGAACUUCAGUUGCAUCAAGCCGAGUGCCUGAAAAUGACCUGGUGCCGUUGAAUUUUAGUCAUUCCUGCAGAGGUAUCAAAAACGAGCUCUUACUACACGAAGCUGCCAUUAAAAACGAUGUUUCAACGCUCAAACACCUUAUCGAAGCAAAAGUUGACGUCAAUGCAAGGACACACAUGGAACGUGUCCCUCUGCACUGGGCUGCUGCUCAUGGGCAUUUGGAAGCAAUGGCUGCACUUAUUCAUGCAAAAUGCGACAUUGAGGUGACAGAUAAGUACGGCAUGCGUCCCCUACUGAUGGCUGCGUGGUUUGGUCACAAAGGUGCCGUGCAAAUGCUGGUUGAAAAUGGGGCCAAUUGCAGAGCUGUGAACAGGCAAAGCCAGACAUCGCUGCAUUGCUCUGCACAAAAUAACCACUUCGAGGUGCUAGCGUUCCUGCUUGACUCAGCUGAGACUAUCAAAGUUAAUGCCAUUGACAAGAAUGGCCAGACUGCCCUGCACAUAGCAGCCAUCAACAAUAACAUGGAGAUGGUUGAAAAGCUUCUGCAGUACAAGGCCGAUGUCACUGUCAAGGACAAGACUGGCUGUACAGCACUGCAUCAUGCAUCCCAAAGGGGCCACCAUCUUGUUAUGGUGCGACUUCUGCGUGCUGGCAUAGAAGCUGAUGGCUUAAAUCAAGAAGGUAGCACGUCUCUGCACCUAGCUGCUCAAAACGGCCAUCAAGCUGCGGUUGAGAUUUUACUCGAGCACAACUGCGCCAUAGCCAUGAGAGAUGCAAAAGCUAGGACGGCACUGCAUAUUGCUGCCUCGCUGGGCCACUUGGCAGUGGUCGAGACGCUGCUGCAGUUUGGUGCCUCGCUCGAUGUUAAGGACAAGCAUGGGAACUACCCUUUGCACUUGGCAGUCCUCGGUUGUCAUCCGAAUAUGGUUGACCUCCUUGUAAAGAAAGGAGCUUCAGUGAAUGCAACAAACACAAGACUGCAAACACCAUUGCAUAUAGCUGCAGAGCUGGGUUUCACUGAAGUGGUUCAAGUUUUAGUGAACCAUGGAGCAGACCUGUUCUUACCCGAAAAGGGUGGUCGUACGGCAUUGUACAUUGCUGCACGAGGGAGCUACACGGCGAUCGUAGAUAUGCUUAUUACGGCUGAACGUGAACUCAAGCACAAGCCCCAUGCCAAUGACAUUUCAACUACGUUACAGGGUUCUCGACAGUUUUGUAACAGCUUGGUUGACAUAAAAGAAGAGCCAAGCAUAGCAGCAGUAGAGCAAGAUGAGGCACAGAGGCUGCAGAAGCUUCAGCAGAUGCAACGUCUUGCAUGGACUUUGGCAAAGGAUCUCCUCGGACCUCCUGACUGGAAAUUGCUGGCAAGGCAUUGGGGCUUCACGGCGGAACAUAUCAAAGCGAUAGAGCAUCAGUACACAGGAAAAUACAGCUAUAAGGAGCAUGGCUAUCGGAUGAUGUUGAUCUGGUUACAUGGGCUUCCUACAACAGCAAACCCUCUGAAAGAACUCUUUGAAGCACUGGUGGCUAUUGACAAGCGUGAUGUGGCAGAAAAAAUUAGAAAAAAAGCUGAGGAGCAGCAAUACUCCAGCCGACGUUUUAGUCCUGGCAAGCUGUGCCACAUGUGCUGCAUCUUGUGACCACUGGUAGCUGUCUCCGUCCACCCAAGUGCCUCUAGGACUUUUCUCACCCAUGUGCUCUGCGAGCGCCAAUGGAUUUCACCUGUAUCACUGUUGGACAUCAUUCGGCGCUGUGCCUGCUGGUGUCGUGUUUUUUAUGCAGUGUUUUGGACUCUUUACCCAUUUUUCUUCCACUUCCUUUCCACGUAUCAAUGUCUUCCUGUUUCUUCGAUUCAACGUGAAUAUUCUCCUUUUUUUCUACGAAUGACGUCUUUACUCGUGCCUGUGAGUGCUGGAGUGUGCAGAUAUUCGACAAAGUAUUUUUACCUUCGAUCACA